GAGAGAGAGAGAGUUGUUUGGUUGAAAAUUAUUUUUGGUUUUGAGGGGUUUAAGCGAUUAUUUUCAGAGAAAGCGCGAAAAUGGAUAAAUAUUUGGUUCCUAAAAAGCAUUUGAAAGAAAGGGUUAAGCUUCUUCAUAGGUUUCGUUGGAAGAGAAGUUUAGUUGAACUGAAUGGGAAAUUUGAGCCGAAUUUUCGACAUGAAAUGAUGAACUUGCUUAUGGGUUCUUAUUCUGAGGUUGGAGUGUUCCCACACUUGUAUCAAAUGGAAAUCGACGCGCCUUGCAACUCUAAUAUUAAUCGAAUUCUUAGUGAGGCAAGUGGUGAACGCCUUCUUCCAUUAAGAAGAAGGAAAGGUGUAUCUUCUGUAGACUUUGACAACAAGGGAAUAUACUUGGCAUCUGUCACAAAAUCAGGUUGCUUAACGGUUCAUGACUUCGAAGCUCUUUAUUGCAAAACAAACAAAUUAAAAUGCUUGCCAGAAGACGAAAGCAAACUUUUACUGCAUCUCUCACCCGAUUCACAACUUGAUGUUGUCAAAUGGAAUCCUCUUAACCAGAAUGAGGUUCUUUGUGGCUCUUUGAAACGUAAUGCACUACUCAUAUUUGAUGUUACAUAUAUGAUGUCAGAACCAAUUGAAGAGUUACGUACAAGAACUACCACCACAGUUAAUGGAUCGAACAUUCCUAAAGGUCUAUCUGAUGUUGCUUUUGCAUCGGAUGACUCAAGGAUAUUUGGUUCUGACACGCAUGGUACGAUUAAUGUUUGGGAUAGAAGAGUAAAGAGCCUGCCUUGCCUCGAACUAACAUCUGCUUCAUUUGGUACCCUUAACAGCGUCCAAUUAGAUGCAGAAAACCAGAUUAUUUAUGGUGCUGGGAGGCAUGGGAUCGUGUAUGUGUGGGAUAUUCGUGGUGGAAGAGCAUCUACUGCAUUCCUAAGUCACAAAGAGACAUGCCAUCCACCUGUAACAUCAGUGAAGUUGGCAACGUUACUUGAGAAGAUUGGAUCCUUAAAGGCACAAACAGAAAUUGUUCCCAAGGAGAUUCAAUCUAUUGGCCUUAAUCCAUCGUGUCCAUAUCAGUUAGCAUUCCAUCUAGAAGAUGGCUGGUCGGGCAUUUUGGAUAUUAAUAAGUUUGAAGUUACACAUAUUCACUGCCCACCCCCAGCUUGGUUAAAUGAUUCCUAUGCUUCUCUCGAUCAAAUGGAUUUAAGAAAACCUUCAUGGUUAUCGACAUGUUCGGUCUAUUUGGCAGGGUCACCAUUUGAUCGUGGCCUUCAUAUGUUAGAUUUUUACCCGAGUAUCAACUCACCGAGUCACGUGGAUUACAAGGAGGAUAUACAAGAACUUUCCAAUCCAACCAAACAAAAGAAUCAAAAUAGAUUCAUUCAUUUACCCGAAGAAGUUUUGUCAUGUGCUGCUCAUCCUUUGUACAAUGCCAUUGUAGCGGGAACAAAGGAAACAUCUUUGCUUGUGAUUUCCCAAAAACGUAAGUCAUGCAAAGAAGAAGAUUAGUCCCAAGCAGUUGUCAAAUUUUUGUAGAGUAAUGGCAAUUGGAAUGUCUCUUCCAGAACCAAAUUCACAUGGGUCCUAAUAUAUGACUUCCUAGCAUAUGCCCUUUUUGGGAUUCUUUUCUUGUAUAAUAGUUUUAUCGAAUUUAGUUCAAAAUGGAAAUGAAAAGAAAAAAAAAAAAA